CGCCAAAGAGAUGAAAUCAUAUUUCUUGCAUCGGGGUGGGGAGGGGAGAAACAAAACCGUUCAAGCGGAUUAAAAUAGCAAAGGCUAUGAAACCACGUCGAAUUUGAAAUACAAAAGAUUAUUUCGUGGUAAAGAACAGUUGAAAGAAAUGGAGAGUGCAGUUCUCCCAGGGUUUGUUCCUAUAUCAGCGAACAUGAUCUCGACAGAUCUGUUCACGCCAUCACAAAAAGACAGAGCAACCAUUCCUAUUAUAGGUGUACAGCCAGUGAAGGUCAGCGAGCCAGGUGAUCAGUCAUGGGCCGAGAACAUAACAUGCUACGGAGGAAUUGGGCGUUUGCCCUUUAGAGGUGAAACUCGCGUCAGAGAUCUUCAUGUAGCUAGGAGCCAUCGACAUUAUGGUAGCGGAUUCUGUAGAUACCAAACAAGGGUUCAACCCACCCAGAUUACAUCAUUGCUAAAAAGUGGUUGCCGUCUUAAUGAUCAAGUGUUGCCAAAGCCUUUUGACACGCCUUUAGACCCGGCAAUGAAGUUAAAAGAUGCGCCGACAGAAGGAAGACCAUACACAUCACAUGUAUUCCCAAGAAAUGAUCCUAACAGAAACGAUUCUCUCGGAAAUUCACCAUUGACGGGAGCGACACGGGACGCAUUAAACGAGAUCAACCGCGACCUAUACCAAACAUGCAAAUACCAGCAGACGUAUCAGGACCACACCAACUACAUACGAUCGAUUGUGAAAGAACGCGCUGCAAAACAAAAACAAUUGGCCAAUACUAGACAUAAUAUGAUCAAAGAAAAGUAUCCAAAAAUUGAUGAGGCGCGUGAUGCUUUACCGAAUGCAAAUGAUAGAGAUGAUAAAGAAACUGUGGACCCCAAUGAGAAAGGUCCUACUCUUAAGAGUAUAUUGAUUAAAAAGCACUUCUGCCCUAUACACGAUGCAACUCCACCGAAAGAUGGCACUCUAAAGCCUGAAAAACCAGGGGUAACGCCCUGUUGGCCUCCAAGUUUGAGUUAUAAAAUCGAUCUGAAAACAGCAAAGCUCAAUGGAAUUAACCUGCCGAAAUUUCCACCUGCCUUACGCAGCGCAUACAGUCCAGAAUGUUGCUGCAAUUUGAUUAAAACGUCAAAAUCGGUCAGUUUUGCCAACAUCAAUAUCACCGACACACCGAUGCCAACUAAACGUACCAAGCGGCCUCCAACGCCUUUUAAAGAUCAACAAAGCAAUGAUGCGGACAAGACCGAACCAGCAAAGGAAAAUUCUGGCAAACUGUUCAAAGGAAAGUGUUUCGUGCCAAGUGAUAUGAAAGAGAAAGAUGAAUACCUUAACAAUACAUGUUUGAAUACAAGCACAGGAAAGCUGCAAACUCAAGCCAUGAUUGACCAUAUUCGACCGUCACGUAAAGCGAUGCAAACAACGCGAACGCAGUUGAAGGAGUUGAACGGCGUACAACUUCCAGUUCCUAUUGACUACCUCAUGUAUGACAGUAUGACAGAAGAGGACCAACCGGGGAGCAACGUAUCUUCUGAUUCUUGCCGAAAACCGAAACCACGCGAGAGAAUCGUCGACAAACUAGGAGUGAGGUUCAAGUCUGCAGCCCACAAAAGGUUUCAUGCUACACACCCAGACCCACUUAAAGACCUCAGAGAUGCACGAAAGGACGGCAAGCAAUAUUUCUUCUUUGGCUUCCACGCUUCAGCAUUUAGGGGCUAAUCAUCUUUUACGGUAUUCGAGGAUGACUUUUGCCAUGCAUAAUCAUGGAGCAAAUGCAAAACGCCAGCACUUGAUUCCAUAUUUUAGUUUUUGAAGUGGAUUUAAACCUCAGUAUUUGUAGGAAUGAUUUGCAUUAAUGGACGCCAAAUAUAUCUUUCAAAUAGGUCCCAUUCACCUUCAGUAUCAAUAUGGUAUAUUCAGGGACGACAUUUGCAUUUCAAUGAGGGAUAUUUUGAAUUUGGUUGUGCAUAGCUUGACAUGAGAGAAAACAACAGGACACUAAAGAGAGAUGGACUUGAAAUAGGGUAUACUAAACUUUGUUUCAUACUAGGCAUUGUUUUUAGUUUUUCUCAUAAAAAUAAAUAUAAGAAAGAUAACAUCAUGUGACAACAUUCAAAACUAAGUUAUGUUUAUGCCUAUCGGUCGUAACAACCAUUUUCUUUAAUCUUCCAGAUAUCGUACAAAAAACAAUGUUUCAAGUACAAAUCAUAUUUAUUUGAAAAAUAAAGUUUUAAUACAAAAUGUCAUUCAGUUAAAUAAUGAUUCUGCUAAAUGCUGUGUAUAAAAUAUGUACAUAUAAAUGCAUAUUAUUUCAGAAUAAGACGUAUGUACAUGAAUGUAAUGUACUGUGCCUUCCAUUGAAAACUACUGGUUAAGUCGUUUAUAAAAUUAUGUUAUACAAUACAAUUGGAAAACUGUUAUACAAUGAUA